AAUCAACAAUCAGCUGUUAUUUUGACAGUUGUUUAGGUUAUGUCACUGCCGUUUGGGUUUAUUGGCGAGCUAAAUUUAAUUCAAAGGAUUUUGUAAUAAAAAUUUGUAAAACACACAGUUUAAACUACAAAAACAAUGAGUUUUCCCACCAAAGAUGAACGUGCGCGUUGUUGGGCAUCGCGAGAUGAAUACUGGCAGUGCUUGAAUGAGAACGCACCCAAACAUAGUUCCACAAGUGGCGAAAAAGUGCCGGAUGUGUGUCAAAAGUUGCGCAAAGUCUUCGAAGGAUCAUGUCCACGACAAUGGGUGAAGCAUUUUGAUCGCAAACGCACUUAUGAACAAUUUAAAGAACGCAUGGACAAGGGUUAUGAUCCACUCGAGGAGAAAAACAAAGCAACAGCACAAAAACAGUCAUAGUCUAUAGUUAAAUUUAAUUUAAUUUACUCUUGCUAAUGUUAAACUAAAUAAAAAGUUCUCACUUAAA